GACAGAUGACCAUGGAAAUGGUUGAAUCACGACAGAAUGACACUGCAGGGGAUUGUAUGCCAGAGAGAGAUGCUGUUCAUCUUCAGAAUCAGCCAGGCCGAAGUCAGAUUUCUCAAGGAUCUGAGGCAGCAUCGAUUGCAGAUGAAUCUGCAGAAUCAGAAGGGAUAAUUGAUUCUCAAAAACGUAGGGAAAUACUUUCAAGAAGGCCUUCAUACCGAAAAAUUUUGAAUGAACUAUCAUCAGAUGCUCCUGCAAUACCGAAGAUUGAAGAAGAAAAGUCAGAUGAUGAAGGAGCGCCUUCUGGAAUUCCUGCAAUGGCCAUGCCAGCUGGCCUGUAUCAUUCUAACACAGGGAAAUACAUUACUAUAACUCAAGGUGGUGCAAUCCAGAUUUCUAAUCCAUCCUCUGAUGGUGUCCAUGGACUACAGACAUUAGGAAUGACAAAUUCAGGAGCUCCUCAGCCAGAUGCUACCAUUGUGCAAUAUGCAGGACAAUCGCCUCAUAGCACACAACAGUAUUUUGUUCCUGGAAGCCAAGUUGUUGUUCAAGCUGCCACUGGAGACAUGCCAGCUUACCAGAUUCGAACUCCCACUACUACCUUACCUCAGGGAGUGGUAAUGGCAGCCUCACCAGGGACUUUGCAUAGCCCUCAGCAACUGGCAGAAGAGGCAACUCGCAAGAGAGAGCUGAGACUUAUGAAAAAUAGGGAAGCUGCCAGAGAAUGUCGCAGAAAGAAGAAAGAAUAUGUCAAAUGUCUUGAAAAUCGUGUGGCUGUGCUUGAAAACCAAAACAAGACUCUCAUUGAGGAACUCAAGGCCCUCAAAGAUCUUUAUUGUCAUAAAGCAGAAUAACUGUCUUUCAUUUGGACCUCGUUUAUUAUGAACUUAAAUCAAGGCAUGAGAGGAAGCAAUUCUACAGAUUGCCAUAUGAACUUGAGAAAGAGACACUUGAGGCCCUUGUGGAACCCAGUUUUGCUUAGUGUUUUCAGACUGAUUUGGGAGAUAUUCCAAAAUUUGGAAUUCUGUCAUAGUCUCCAUACUCUGCUGAGCUUUCUAAUGGCAUGCAAAUGGCUUUUUUGUUUGCACUUUUUACUUCUGCUUUUUGCAGGGAAGCUGCUAAAGAAUGUCGACGUCGGAAGAAAGAAUACAUAAAAUGUCUGGAGAGUCGUGUUGCAGUGCUAGAAGUUCAGAACAAGAAACUUAUAGAGGAGCUUGAAACCCUAAAAGACAUUUGCUCUUCCAAAACAGAUUAGUAAAAAUAUUUAUUAUACUGUGAACUGACUAAAACAUGACCAGUUGCUUUAUAAGACAAUACAUAGCCAACAUGAAUUAAGGCUUUCUUUUUGUGUCAUUUAUAUUAUAUUCCAACUCCUAACAUUCCUGAAUGCUUUCCUGCUUUUUGUCAAUUCAUAGCUCUAAUUUCAGGUCUCACAUGCUCCUCCUUUCCAUCUCCCAAGGAGCCAAAUGUUAAAGAAAUGCAACAAAGUAAAAAAGCGCAUAAUUUUUAAGAGCUGUUUCUUUGCCAUAUAUUUAACAUACUACUUUUUAUGUGUUAACCGAGUGUCCUGCACAUAGAAAAUAUUUUACAAUUAUUUUAGAUGAUUUGUGAAGAUGAUGCAUCCAGUAAUACAAAGAAAAUCAAACAACCCACGGUAUCUCAGGAAAGAGUUUAUAAAAGAAUGUUAUGAUUACAUAUAUGUACUAGCAUACUAGUCUACAGAUGAUUUUAUGGCAUAUUUUUAUAUUAGUUGCUUUGUGGAAAAAGUAUUGUAUUGCUGUCACUGAGUGCCAUGGUUAAAGAUAGUUUUUAAUAGAACCAUGUUGUU